GCGGUCCGCGUCCCUCCCGCCACCUUCCAAACCCGAGAGCCCACCAGAGACCGGAAGAGCACGCGCGUCCCAAUCCCGGCCGCGGGCUCGGCGCAUCUCUGCGGACGGGGACCCCGCAAGGGCCCAGUGUGGGAGCACGUGGAGUGCUGACUGCCCUCUGGUGGUGAGCCAGAAUCAAUUCGUUCUAUGACCUGAGAUGCCCACUCUUGACCAUGUGCUACCCACUGGGAGCCAGGAACCAGCUGAAGAACAUUUGCUCUUCAAAUAUGCAUGAUGAAGGAGACUAAUGAAACAACCUUUCACUUCUACUUGGAGCCAUUUGUUUUUUAAUCCUGGAUUUGGACUCUGGAGGCAACUCUGAGAUGGAGCCUCUGGCAGAAAGACUCGAGUUGUUUCUGUGCUUCAGCGAACGGUUUGCAUCCUUGACUGGGAAUAGCCAAGACUGAGUAGAUGCCCAUAGAAGUGCAUGGGGUGACAUGGAGCCAGAAAUCAACUGCUCUGAAUUUUGUGACAGUUUUCCUGGUCAAGAGCUGGAUCGGAGACCCCUUCAUGAUCUUUGCAAGACAACCAUUACUGAGUCCCAGCACAGUAGUACAGCCGCCUCCCCACUGUCUCCUGCCCUCUUGGGGAUUAUGUGGACCUUUCUCAGCUGUGGGCUACUUCUGGUGCUCUUCUUUCUGGCUUUCACAAUUCGCUGCAGGAAGAACAGGAUUGUGAAGAUGUCCAGCCCCAAUCUGAAUGUUGUGACCUUGCUGGGCAGUUGUCUGACCUACAUCAGCGCUUACCUUUUUGGGAUUCAAGAUGCUCUUGAGGGGAGUUCAGUAGAAGCUCUCAUUCAGACACGACUGUCCUUGCUGUGCAUUGGGACGUCCUUGGUGUUUGGCCCUAUCCUGGGGAAGAGCUGGCGACUCUACAAAGUGUUUACCCAGAGAGUACCGGACAAGAGAGUGAUCAUCAAAGACCUGCAGUUGCUGGGAUUGGUGGCAGCACUGGUGGUGGCUGAUGUAAUCCUGCUUGUGACAUGGGUGCUGACUGACCCCAUCCAGUGCCUCCAGAUGCUUGGUGUCAGCAUGAAGGUGACAGGGAGAGAUGUCUCCUGCUCUUUGACCAACACACACUUCUGUGCUUCACGGUACUCCGAUGUCUGGAUAGCCCUGGUUUUGGGAUGCAAGGGGCUGCUGCUGCUGUAUGGUGCUUACCUGGCUGGCCUGACCAACCAUGUCAGCUCUCCUCCAGUGAACCAGUCCUUAACCAUCAUGGUCGGGGUCAACCUCCUGCUCCUCACCGCUGGGCUGCUUUUUGUGGUCACCAGAUACCUGCACUCCUGGCCCAAUCUGGUCUUUGGACUCACAUCCGGAGGUAUCUUCGUUUGCACAACCACUGUGAACUGCUGUGUCUUCAUUCCCCAGCUGAAGCAAUGGAAGGCAUUUGAAGGAGAAAACCAAACAAUGAGACACAUGGCCAAAUACUUCAGCACUCCCAGCAAAAGCUUCCACGGCCAGUUCGAUGAGGACCCGAGCUGCCACUUGAGAGAUGAGAAGAGCUGCAUGGAGAGGCUCCUAACAGAAAAAAACGCAGUAAUUGAAAGCCUGCAAGAGCAAGUCAGCAACGCCAAGGAAAAGCUGGUAAAGCUGAUGUCUGCCGAGUGCACCUAUGACUCCCCAGAGUGGGCUGUCCCAGAUGCAGCCUCUGCCCGUGGGCUGGCACUUCCGGGACCUUCGGAAUGCCCUGCUGUUUCGGAGAAUGAGAGCGGAGCAGCUGCUAGGGACUCCCUACACGUUCCAGCGGCCUGCCAGCACGUGCAAGGCCCUGGGGCAUCGAGAAGGGACACCAGUCCCUCCCCAGCCCAACAGGACAACAUGCCUUUAAAACAGUAUUGUGAUCAUUUGGACACGGGUUGCAACCAGAAGCCAAAGGCUGAACAAAGCGAGGGUCCCGAAAGAGGAGACCAGGAACCCAUGGCCCCCAGCCAGCGUUUAAUGGCAGAUGGAGUGGCCUGUGAACCCCAUAAGCCCAGGCAGAGCCCAGAGGGACUCCCAAAGAAGCUACCUGGGGUCAGUUCAGUAGUCAGAGAGAAGCUUCAAGAAGUUCUACAAGAGCUGGACCUGGGCUCUGAGGCUCCCCUUUCCCCACUACCCUGUCCCCAGCAGCUCUGGAAGAGUACCACUUCCCGUAGCCCCCAGAAGCUGUCCCCAUCUAAACUGGGUUUCAGCCCGUACGUGGUGAGGAGGAGACGGGCGGCCCAGAGGGCUCGCUCCCACAUCCCUGGCUCUGUGGGUCUCAAUGUGGGGCAUCAAGCAAAUAGUACCGUUUCUAGUUCACAAAGUGGGCUUAUUGUACAGAACAGAGACAGUCCCAGGCUGGACCACAACAAUGCAAGGUCCAAGGUACCAAGAUCUUCUUCUGUAAAACCAUCACCACUCUCGGAACCUCGCCGGAAACAGGGUACCCUGGAGGGCAGCAAACAAUGCGAGACCGAGCCUCAAGAGGCCGGCGGAGCAUGCAAUGUAGCUUUUCCUUGCCAAUCUUCUGCUUCUGUCCAGGCACAAAGUCCCGCAGCCCCAUGCCUACCCUCUUCACCAGCUCUGCCCAGGCAGCGUCAGCCUCGACCCCGACUGUCCCCUGGCUGUCCUUCCUUGUCUUCUGGGUGCUACAACCUUGACAGUGAGUCCAGCAGCUCAGACGAGUUCUUCUGCCGCUGCCACAGGCCCUACUGUGAAAUCUGCUUCCAGAGCUCUUUGGACUCCAAUGACAGCGACACUUCAGACAGUGACCUUGAGCAGGCUUCAGGAUUGGCCUCCUGGGGAAAGCUGUGGGCCCGCUCCAAGCCUGUUGUGAACUUCAAAGAUGACUUGAAGCCCACGCUAGUGUGAAAAGCGGCAAGGUGGGCUGGCCACAGAGGUCAGCACCAUGCUUUGGCCAGCCUCAACUGUGUUCCAGCUGUGCUUUCUUACUCUAAAAGGGCGUUCGUUACCCACCCUGCUACUACCUCAGCGUUACUGUGAGCAGCUCUAGUGAGGGAUUGUAGAAUAACUCCUUCAACUGAAGGUGCUAAAUGAGAGGUAGUCUUGUCCAUUCAGCUCAGCCUACUCUUUAUGAUUUUCUGGGUGUAUACCGAGUAGCUAGCUGGAUCGAUGACCAAAAGAUGGAGAGAGAGAUUUUUUUGCAGAACCACUGUGAGCCACCAAACUAGCCUUUCAGUGAACAGACCUGCAGGUAGAUGAGCCUAUACCUUUGUCUCUCCAACUCGGAGAAAGGGUGCCUUGCUUUCUGCUGAAGGCUCUAAGCCUUCACUGUGUCAGGGUUUCAGCUUCCGGUUCAAGUCGCCCCAGCACUCUCCACUCCACUUGUUGCCCACAUACCAUCCUGGCACCUCUCACACCAUGACCCCCGACAUAAUUUCCUAACGUGUUCCCAUACGCUUCUCAGAUGGUGCUCCUGGACUCAGUAGUGUCUGGAGCCUGCCCCCUGCUCUCUCCCAGCCACACGAUGUUGUACUUGAACACAUAGCAGCGGUAGUCUGUGCUGGGAGACUUUCUGGUCAAAAGGUAGUUUUGGUGCUAUUGAGGUUACAUGACCACCAAAGAUCCAUAAACCUAGAAAGAAAAUAGGGAAAUAGGAAGAAAUGAAGGGCUGAGUGUGGUUGUGCACAUCUUUCAUCCCAGUGCUCAGGAGCAGAGGCUGGCAGAUCUCUCUGAGUUUGAGGCCAACCUGGUCUACAUAGAGAGUUCCAGACAACCAGGGUUAUAUAGAGAGGUCCUGUCUCAAUAAUAGUGAUGAUGAUGAUGAUGAUACAAGAAGGCAAGGAAGAAAGAAAAACAGGAACAGAUUGUGAACAUUUCACUAGAGUCUGGCUCGGUACUUGGCAAUACCAAAUUUCAGUGUCUCUUAAUGAUAACCCAUUGAAGCAGACACUCUUCUCUCUACGGCUAGGGGCCACAGGGCUUAGAGAAAUGAGGUGACUUCCCUAAUUCCAUACUGCUGCAACGUGACUAUUGGAGAAUUUGCACAUGCUGCUGAAACUGAGGUUGGUGGGUCUCCCCAGGGAUACAUCUCUUUAGUCAUUCUUCUGGAAGUGGCAGGCAAGAUCUAAGUGACAGACAACUGAAUCAAGGCAGGGCGAGCUGGUAUGAUGUCCCUUGAGGACAAAACCAAGUUCUUUACCACCACUUCCCACUGUGGGGGCAACACCUGCACUUCCAGGGGAACUAGGAACUUGGUAAAGAGUGAGCUCCAGGGACUCCCUAAACUCACUAAGGCUGCAGGGAAGACAAAUUGGACCACUUCAACUAUUGCUUCACUUGUCACCUGCUGCCCACACUGCCGUACUGCAUCUGCACUGCGUGUAGAUUUUGUUUGGAGUUCAGAGAAGGCAUCUGACACCAAACAUCUCACAGAUAUGUCACAGACUCUCAGGUGCUUAGCCAUGGAGGCCCUGCUGGUAGGACAGCAUCUUCUGCUGUCUAUUGUUCAAUACGAAUGUCAUAAUUUAUUCUGUGUGUAUACAUUGGGGAGUGUAGCUUCCGUGUGUGUUGUUUGUAUGAUGACCACGAGUAUCUUAAUAAAAAAGAAAUGACUGUCAAA